AUGGCGCAACAACGGGUGUUACAACUUCCAAAAUUCGCCGUAGUGGAGGUUAUGAUCGAAUUGGAUGGACGGGAUCAGUUAAAUAGCGAGAAGUGGGAAAUCAGGGACCAAUUUUGGCGGAAGGUCCUCAGUCGUCUCAAUGAUUUAUAUCCGGAGAACCAAUCAGAAGUCCGCACGGUGAACCAUGUUAAAAGAACUUGGUGUGCAUUGAAGCAGAGAGUUCUGGCACGAGCCAAGACUGCGAAUAGAGAAACUUUACCAUCGGAUCGGAAGGUUUUGUAUCUCCUUCAAGCCUGUGAUUCCUAUGAUGAAGAUGCAACUGUAAAUCUGGAAAGGAUCGCGAAGAUUGAGACUGCCACUGCCAACGAGACUAAUGCGCCCGCCAACUAUGCCUCAAUUCCGUCUGGAGAUGUGACUUGUAAGUUAUUUUAAUUGGCUCCUUGUCUAACAAAGUGUCUAAAUUAAAUUUUUAGUGCCAAAGAAUAUCGAUCCCUUGUUGGAUGCGAUGAUUAUUUGUGGUGGAAGGGCGGCUUUGCCAAAGAAGAGAGCCAGCACGGUAAAUGGAAAGGUAUGGAGGUUUAAGCAGCGAUUUAAAGUUAUGGUUGGUAGGUAUUUAUUUUACGUUUUAGCAAGAGUACCGCCGGUUUUGGGACAAGGUACACAUGGUUUUACAAUUCAACUCCCAAUGCACCGGACGUUCUGUCCUCAGUUUCCAACGAGCCUGGUAUAAUAUCAGAAUGCAUUAUAAUGUAAGUGUCAUCUUAUUUUACACUAUUUGAUGUUUAGAACAAGGAGAAAAGAGGCGACAGAGAUCGAUCCCUUCAAGCCCGCAAGGCAUAUUACUUGAUGAGGGUCCUCAGCCAAGAACAGGCCAAAUUGGGAAUCGAGAAUGGUUUAGUUUUUGAUAUGAGAGAUCCAUUGAACGGAAAUCAAGCGAAUGGCAAGGCUAAUAUCACAGUAAUUGAUUAGUUUUAGGCUCUCGGUGUGAAGUGAUCAAACAGGAACCUCUGGAUCUGACCCAAUUGAUUAUGAAUGGGUUAAAUCAACAUCAAGAAGAAGACAUUGAAGAAGACGACGCUUCUUCUUCCGUUUAUGACGCCAUCAAUUCCAACGAGAAUGGAGAUUUGGUCAGUCCCUUGCAGAAUCGAGGGAACGAAGCUUUUCCGGAUGAGGUCGAACUCCGACAGAGACUUUUGAUCUGCCAGAUCGAGCGGGAAAAGGCGCAGACCGAACUUCUAAAGGCUCAGAAACGUCUGAUCGAAGCCCAAUUACAAGGCGUCUUCCAAUCCGAUCUUCCCAUCCUCGAGAACACAAAACAUAACCUCCUCGACGACUUUUAG